AAAGUAUGUUCAUGCAUUUUGAAUUUGAAACUAUUUAUGGUUUGAAGGAUUCCUCAAAAUGCACGUUACGUGCUUGAAAUAGAUGGUUACCUCAGUUGCAUUAAUCGGAGAUUAUUAGUAUUAUUAUUUGUUGAAAUUUAUGUUAUGUGAUUUCUCAUGUUAAUAUAAUGCAUACUGACUUUUUCAGCGAAAACUUUAAGUAUUGCAGCAAGUGUCUUAUUUUCAUCGUUUUGUAGCUGUUAGUGAUUACGGACAAUCCCUCCAGUUUCAAAAUUUAAACGAAGAGAAGCAAAAUAUACACAUGGAGGUCAUUAGAGGUGGGAGGAGAGUUAAUAUCUCAAUAUUUGACAUAGCUAUUGGUGAUGUUGUGCCUCUCAAAAUUGGUGAUCAGGUUCCUGCUGAUGGAAUUGUAGUAUCUAGCCACUCCCUUUCAAUUGAUGAAUCAAGAAUGACAGGGGAGAGCAAAAUUGUUCACAAGGAUUCAAAAGCUCCAUUUUUGAUGUCUGGAUGCAAGGUUGCUGAUGGUUAUGGCACCAUGCUGGUAACAGGUGUGGGAAUAAAUACUGAAUGGGGACUACUUAUGUCAAGUAUAUCUGAGGAUAAUGGUGAAGAAACACCAUUACAGGUGCGCUUAAAUGGGGUUACCACCCUUAUUGGGAUAGUUGGGCUAGCAGUUGCUAUAGCCGUUCUGAUUGUUCUUGUGGCCAGAUUUUUUACUGGACAUACCAAAAAUCCAGAUGGUACUGUCCAAUUUAAAGCAUGCCAGACUAAAGUUGGUGAAGCGAUAGAUGGAUUCAUAAAAAUAUUCACUAUUGCAGUGACCAUUGUAGUUGUUGCAGUACCAGAAGGGCUUCCUUUGGCUGUUACUUUGACGCUUGCAUAUUCCAUGAGGAAAAUGAUGGCAGACAAGGCCUUGGUGCGGAGGCUAUCUGCCUGUGAAACCAUGGGAUCAGCAACUACCAUUUGCAGCGAUAAAACUGGGACUCUAACUAUGAAUCAGAUGACUGUGGUCAAGGCAUAUUCUUGCGGAAACAAAAUCGAUCCCCCAGAUAAUAAGUCCCUGCUUCCUCCUAACAUCAUAUCUCUGCUUAUUGAAAGCAUUGCACAGAACACAACAGGCAGCGUAUUUGUUCCUAAGGUAGGCCUUAACUAUGAUUUAUUAUAUCUCAAUGGUUACUGUUAUGCAAUAGAGAAGAUCCUCAAGGCUUUUCCCGAGCUCAAUUUAUCCAAUCAAUCAACACCACAAUGA